AUGCCCCGAGACGACUCCCUGGACACCCGCAUGAAGGAGUCGGUAGGGGUCUUCCACGCUUUGGGGCCGAGGAGCCACGCCCCGGCCGGCCAACCUGCUCUCCGCGGGCCCGCGAGCACGAGCCUCCGGAAACGCCAGACCGCCGCGGGGUUCCCAGGACGGAGGCUGGAAGCUUCAUUCACCGGAUACGAUGAAGGAGAGCCCUCGGCCCGGGCCGUUCGGGCCCAGAAGCUAGGCGGCGGUGCCGAAGACCAGCUGCCAUCGUGGAGCCGGGCCGCGGAGGAUCCCAGGUCAGUGCCCUUCCCUUCGCGCGACCCAGAGCGGGAGCCCCGAGGCCCAGUCGGUAGGCACUCCUACCCGGUGGCUGGGCCUCCCCCGGCCCACCGAGCCCCGUUGCCCGGCUCGAGGGUUCCAUCCGGGCUCGCCGCCCCGGACCCAGCAGGCGAUGCCCAUCAUGGCCUCCCGCCCCGUCCCCACCUGACCAUACCGAGAUUGUCCCGGCCGGGGUCCCCCAGCCGUGACGGUAGCUGGCAGCCCCUGCCCUGGAGGCUGUCCACGGUCCCUGAACCAGUCAGGUCGCGGCCCAUCGGCAAGGACCAGAGGCCAGCGCGCGAAGCCAUGAAGCUGCGGGCCCAAAGGGAGCGAGAGACCCGAUGUCCCCCCUGCCCCCCCUCACCUCCUCGUGAUAUCUGGGACGUGGGGCCGCGCGUGGCUCCCUACGACCCCUGUCCUUCGGACGGCGCUCGGCCCUUCAGCGGCCCUGACUGGCCGCCAGAGAAGUCCAGUCGCGAGGACGCCCUCCCGGGGAACAGCAGCAGGCGCUGCGAAUCGCUCGGCCCGGGCACCAGCCCCAAGGACAUCGAGUUGUUGCUCGCCGAGUUUCAGAUCCCUCCGCUCCUCUCUCCACUGAGCGACGACGACACCCCCGAGGGCCCCAGGAAUCCCACACCCCCCAGGCCAGUCCGAGGAGGUAAGGCAUUCGGAACGUCCAACCCGGCAAAUGGGUCGGCUGUUUCGCCCGCGGGAUCCAGCCGUCCUGAGCGAGCUCUGGCUUCAUCGCCAGAGCCCGGUUCGAGCUCUGUGGACUCCGCCAAGGAGCUGAAGGACUCUAGGAUCCGUCCGCUCCACCCCGCUCGGGGGGAAGACGCGGGUCCGGCCUCGGAGCUCCAGGCCCAGAGCCUGAUAGUUCCAGCUCAACGGCAGGAUUCAGGACGGCCCUCGGCACCGGAUUCUCGGGCCCGAAGACCAUCGUGGACACGGAACGAGACGGAUUCCGGGUUAGUGCCAUUCUCUUUACCCUCCGCGGAGCGCGCUCCCCUUGGUCCAGCCCUUCGGAAGCCACAGCCCCCGGCUGGGGCCCCCAUGGCCCACCCAGACCCCUUGUCUGUCUCGAGGGUCGAAUCCGGGCUCCCUGCCCAGGACCCAGCAGGCGGUGCUCCUCCUAGGCCCCCACCCAGCCUCGCCAUCCGGGGCUCCCGGUCUGGGGCCCCUAGCCUGGACUUGAGCUGGCAGCCCCUGCCCUGGAGGCUGCCCACUCUCCCUGAACCAGUCAGCUCGCUGCCCAUAGGCGAGGGCCAGAGGCCAGCGCGUGAGGCUAUGAAGCUGCGGGCCCAACGGGAGCGGGAGAUCCGAUGCCCCCCCUGCCCCCCCUCACCUCCUCGUGAUAUCUGGGACGUGUGGCCGUGCCUGGCUCCCUACGACCCCGUUCGUUCGGACGGGGCUCUGCCCAGGUGCCGCGCUGGCUCGGCGCCAGAGCAGCCCAACCGCGAGGACGGCCUCCCGCGGAGAAGCACCGGAAGUCUUGACUCCCUUGCGGCCCAAGAGGGGGAAACUGGGCCCGUCACCAGUCCCGUGGAUAUCGAGAAGGCGCUCGCCGAGUUGCGGAUCCUUCCGCUCCUCUCUCCUCUCAGCGAAGACGAAAGCCCGGGGGGUCCCAGGACGCCCAAAGCGACCGGAGCCGUCCAGGCAGGUAAGGCUCGCGAAGCGUGCACCCCGGGGCAGGGUGCCGCUGGUUUGCUCCCGGGGUCUCGAGGUCCUGAGCGCGCUUUGGCCGCGACGCGGCCUGCCUCGACCUCGGUGGACCAGGCCAAUGGGCUGAGGGAGUUGCGCACUGCUCCGCGCCGACCCCCUCCGAGGGGAGGCGCGGUUCCCGAGUGUCCAAGGGGGACGGACGUCAAGCCCUCCACGGACGCAGAUGGCUAUCAGGCUCAUGCGAUGCAUGAAACAAGAAGCUCUACCCGGGACAAGAGAGCCGAGAGUCUUGGGCAGGCCCAGCACAGCCCUCUCGGCGCCAACCGGGACACCAAGGGCCCUCUCCAGAGCGAGGACGAGCGCCCAGGGAAGGAAGCCACGGGAGGUCGUACUAGAGCAAAUCGUCCCAAGGGAAGCUGGGGUUGGAGCCACGUCUGGGCCCCCAGGGAUGGAAAUGCAGACGGCUGCCGUCCGAGCCCCGAAGAGGGCAACGAGCCUCCUCUGUUGGACCGCCCUGUUGAAGAGAAGGGGAAAUGGAGGCGGCCUUGGCGCAAACGGAGCAGAAGCCGGGAGGAGCUCAGCCCGCAACCGGGGAAAAGGGCCCGGGGCCCGUUGGCCUCCCGCCCCCAAAGGUCCCUGGAGGUUAGCCCCGGUGUGGCAUCGACGGGCCUCGGUCCCUGUGACCUGGCUGCUUUCCGUGGCGGCCGCGGCGGCUCGGGCGGCACACGCCCCCCUCGCCAGACCCCACGGCUCCAGGUACGGAGCCCCGAAGCUGCAGCCCCCGGGAAGGACUCAGGACAGCCCGCAGCCCCGGAGGUCCGGUUCGAGAAGCCUGACGGGAGCGACGAGGCCCAACGAUCACCGCCCACUCGGAAGAGCAAGCAUUCCAGGUUAGCCCUUCGCUGCCCUUUGCCGGCCGCAGGUCGGCCGCCCCUAUUGCCAGCGCCUCGGGCUCCACCACAGCCACCGGCCGGACCCCUUUCGGCCGAACCCGCCCCCUUGCCAGGCCCUAGGUCCCAUGCGCAGCCCCGGCUUCCGCCCCCUCCCCAGCUCCCCCUUCCCAGCUCCCGGCCCAGAGCCCCUGUUCCGAUCGAUUUCAGCAGCCAGCCCCUGCCCUGGAGGCUGCCCACCGUCCCUGGCCCUGUGAGGUCACUGCCCAUUCCCAAGGAUCUGAGGCCAGUCCGCGAGGCCAUGAAGCGCCGGGCCCAGAGGGCCCGGGAGAUCCCAUGGCCCCCCUCACCUCCUCGUGAUAUCUGGGAUGUGUCCAGGCGCCGGCCUUCCGACCACCGUUUUCCAUCCAGGGGCGCUCUGCCCGGGAACCCAGGUAGGCUCGGGGGCGCACCGGUGCGAAGCCGAAAGCGGAGCAGCCGCCACAUGGCUCUGAAGACCUGUCCUGGGACCUGCAUCCGGUCGGCAGGAUGCCGGGAGAGCCGAGGCCCGGGCAGUGGCGGCUCGGAAGGCCCGUCCUUGCCCACCCACCUCCGCACCAAGCGAAAACUCCGCACACUUGGCGCCAGAGCAUUCAAUCACUUUGUCUCCCUCGACCUCACCUCGCCCCUCUCCGACUACAACGCAGCCGGCACGCCUCGUUCCUAA